AGCUCAGACCCGGGUGCAGGCGUACUCGUCUUGCUCGUAUCUUGCUUCUCUAAGCCCUGCACCUCGGCUGGAGUUGGGUGGGUCUCCACAGCGGUGGCAACAGUGACAGUGACUGCCUGAGACCCAGACGGAAAUGGCGAUGGCAAUGGCGGGCAGUGGAGCGACGCAGCUAGAAUCAGGGGGCUUUGAGGCACGGCUGUACGUGAAGCAGCUCUCGCAGCAGCCGGACGGGGACCGGGACCUCCAGGAGCACCUGCAGCGCAUCCAGGCUUUGGCGAAGGAGACAGCGCAAAACCUGAAACGCAGCGUCUACCAGAACUACCGGCAGUUCUUAGAGACGGCCCGCGAGAUCUCCUACCUGGAGAGCGAGAUGUACCAGCUCAGCCAUCUCCUGACGGAACAGGAGAGCAGCCUGGAGAGCAUCCCGCUCACCUUGCUGCCGGCCGCCGCCGCCGGCGGGGAAGAGGGGGCAGGUGGCGCUGGGGGCCGAGACCACCUCCGAGGCCAGGCCGGCUUUUUUCCCAGGCCCGGGGGCGCCUCGCGUGACAGUUCCGGCCCGGGCGAGGAAGGAAAGCAGCGCACUCUGACCACCCAGCUUGAAAAGGUGGAAGGCUGCAGGCACCUGCUGGAGACCCCGGGGCAGUACCUGGUGUACAACGGGGACCUGGUGGAAUACGAAGCGGAUCACAUGGCCCAGCUGCAGCGGGUGCACGGCUUUCUCAUGAACGACUGUCUGCUGGUGGCCACCUGGCUGCCCCAGCGGCGGGGGAUGUAUCGCUAUAACGCUCUCUAUCCCCUAGAUGGCCUGGCCGUGGUCAAUGUCAAGGACAACCCACCCAUGAAGGACAUGUUCAAGCUGCUGAUGUUCCCCGAGAGUCGCAUUUUUCAGGCAGAAAAUGCCAAAAUAAAACGAGAGUGGCUGGAGGUGCUGGAAGAAACCAAGAGGGCACUCAGUGAAAAAAGACGAAGGGAACAGGAGGAAGCAGCGGCCCCUAGAGGGCCUCCCCAAGUGACCUCCAAGGCCACGAACCCGUUUGAGGAUGAUGAAGAAGAGCCAGCUGUCCCCGAGGUAGAGGAAGAGAAGGUGGACUUAUCGAUGGAGUGGAUCCAGGAGUUACCUGAAGACCUGGAUGUGUGCAUUGCUCAGAGGGACUUUGAGGGGGCCGUUGACCUGCUAGAUAAAUUGAAUCAUUACCUAGAAGACAAGCCCAGCCCACCUGUAAAAGAACUCAGGGCCAAGGUGGAUGAGCGUGUCCGGCAGCUCACGGAGGUGCUGGUUUUUGAACUGUCCCCAGAUCGUUCCUUGCGAGGUGGGCCCAAGGCUACUCGCAGGGCGGUUUCUCAGCUAAUCCGGCUUGGCCAGUGCACAAAGGCUUGCGAGCUGUUUUUGAGAAACAGAGCGGCAGCCGUGCACACGGCCAUCCGUCAGCUUCGCAUUGAAGGUGCCACUUUACUCUAUAUUCAUAAGCUGUGCCAUGUCUUCUUUACGUGUCUUCUCGAGACUGCCAGAGAAUUUGAGACAGAUUUCGCCGGCACCGACAGUGGCUGCUACUCUGCCUUUGUGGUCUGGGCGAGAUCAGCCAUGGGCAUGUUUGUAGAUGCUUUCAGCAAGCAGGUGUUUGAUAGCAAGGAGAGCCUGUCCACGGCGGCAGAGUGCGUCAAAGUGGCUAAGGAGCACUGCCAGCAGCUGGGAGAUAUUGGACUAGACCUCACCUUCAUCAUCCACGCCCUUCUGGUGAAAGACAUCCAGGGGGCCUUGCACAGUUACAAAGAAAUCAUCAUUGAAGCCACCAAACAUCGCAACUCGGAGGAGAUGUGGAGGAGGAUGAACUUGAUGACUCCAGAGGCCCUGGGCAAGCUCAAAGAAGAGAUGAGAAGUUGCGGGGUGAGUAACUUUGAGCAGUAUACGGGGGAUGACUGCUGGGUGAACCUAAGUUACACAGUGGUCGCUUUCACCAAACAGACCAUGGCGUUUUUGGAAGAGGCCUUAAAGCUGUAUUUCCCGGAGCUGCACAUGGUACUGUUGGAGAGCCUGGUGGAAAUCAUUCUGGUUGCCGUCCAGCAUGUGGAUUAUAGCCUUCGGUGCGAGCAGGAUCCAGAGAAGAAGGCUUUUAUCCGACAGAAUGCGUCCUUCCUAUAUGAAACGGUGCUCCCGGUGGUGGAAAAAAGGUUUGAAGAAGGUGUGGGGAAACCUGCCAAGCAACUCCAAGACCUGAGGAACGCAUCUAGACUCAUGCGGGUGAAUCCUGAAAGUACAACAUCAGUCGUCUGAGGCUGGAGUCUGUCCAUACGUGUACAGAUGAUAGUGCUUAUAGGUUAUUUAUAUUUAUAUUGUUGAUUAGCAUAUUCUGUAUAGUCUCAAACACAGCUUACAAGUAAAAAGUGCCCUCAGAGAUGCAAAAUCAAAAGAAGAAAGGAAAAGAAUGUGAAAUUAAGCCCAAAUAACAAAAAUAUCAGAAUUGUUAAAACAUAUACUGACCUUUUAAAUUAUGCUAGUUCUCUAAUGGGUUUAUGAUCGCACUACAGUUAUUUCAGCUUCUCCUUUGAACCAAAAUACACUUUCUCACAGUGUAUCUUAUUCAACACAGAUAAAUAAUGUCUACAAAUACAUCAGUUUAAGUGUGUGUGAAAAGUUUCCCGGUUCACUAAACUGUACGUUUCUUAAAGGGUGCAGUACCAUAUAAAACACCCUGCCUCAGUACUUCCCCUUCUUGAAGUGUGAUUGAACACUUUUUGGGGAAAAGAAAGGAGUUGGGAAAGUUGAUUUUGGAGUAAACUCUAGUCAAAAGAAUUCUUUCUCCAUGAUCUAGCUAGCUAGCUUGGGGACUCAGAUACUGCAGUCCCUAUAUAAGAGGAAGCUUUUAUACAGAUUCAGACAUUUCCAACAGAAUUUGAAUGGCUAAUUAUUUUCACUUGCUAAUCUAGCAGUUCCAUAGUUUUCCUAUUGGAGUUGGGAACCUUUACUUGGAAAUCUUUUUCUUUUUUGACAGGCAGAGUGGACAGUGAGAGAGAGACAGAGAGAAAGGUCUUCCUUUGCUGUUGGUUCACCUUCCAAUGGCCACCGUGGCCAGCGCACAGCGCUGAUCUGAUGGCAGGAGCCAGGUGCUUAUCCUGGUCUCCCAUGAGGUGCAGGGCCCAAGGACUUGGGCCAUCCUCCACUGCCUUUACUGGCCACAGCAGAGAGCUGGCCUGGAAGAGGGGCAACCAGGACAGAAUCCGGUGCCCCAACUGGGACUAGAACCUGGUGUGCCGGCGCCGCAAGCGGAGCAUUAGCCUAGUGAGCCGCGGCGCUGGCCUACUUAGAAAUCUUAAAGAUUGUGAUAAAUGUUUUUCGACACGUUUCUGAAUUGUGUGAAUUUCCAGCUGGAGCUUUUGUCUUUGUUAUAUUUAAAAAUAAUAAUAAUAAAACAGGAAACUUGAUGAUCCUGACUGCAGCCAGUGAUUUUAGUUCCCUUUUCAGUGUAGGUUAUUAGGGGCUGUCUUCAAGCAAAUGCAAAAAAUUUUUCACUGAAAUAUUUAGAUUUUAGGGAUUGAGUAGCUGGGAAAGUAAAAAAGAAAUCAUAAGCAAAUCUCAAUAGUCUCACUGAGGAGGACGACUUUGAGCAGAGAUUUGUUUUUGGUUUUGUAUUUUUGUAACAAAGUGGAGAACCGAAGUGAGCCAGUGUGCCCAAAGGAAAGGGAAGAAGAGAAUCUUUUAUUUAAAAAAAACCAAACUCCUGGAAUGCUCCGGGCUGUGUUUUUCUUGUUUUAUUUUUUUACUUUCCUUCGUUGCUUUUGAAAGUGAAUAUAAUGCUUACCUUAGAUUGUUAGUAACACACAAAUAAAAAUAAAGAAAUAUGAGCUUCCCAAGAGUUCUAAAUUAUUGCUUUCAUUCUGUAUUAAUUAUAAGACAUUCUUCAUUCUUUGAGAGAAAUUGUGCUUGCCAAGAUUCAUUUUUUUCCUAGUUGUGAUUCUUGUCCUUAAGUGCCAUUUUGGGUGCCAAUGAUUUCAAAAGGUCAUUUCUUUUUCUUAAUAAAAAUGGUGUUAAUAAGACUGUAAAAAUUAUGUAAAAGCUAAAGUAGAUUCCAAAUAGUGGCUCAAGGUUGUAAAACUCCUUGACUUGAUUACUUAUGCUAGACCAGCCUUUUAUUUUCUUUUUGGCUGUGUUUAAUUACAAGGUUGAAAAUUAUUAAAAUGACAAUUUUAAUUUUUUUCAUAUAACUUUAGGAUUUUCUAGAUAACUACAACAAUAUCUCUGUGAACUAAAUUAUACUUUUUUAAGAUCACUGGAAACUUGAAUUUUGUAAAAUUAUGUUAUUUGAUUAUUUUUACCAUUUACACUUUAUAGCAUACUGUAUAAAACUCAAGUAUAAAUACAUGAUGCUGGUCUGUGAAAUGGUAUUUCUGAAAUCAAAAUUCCUCUUAAGGCAUUAAGUUGUAGAAACUUAAAGGUGUAUGUAAACUCAUAUUUAAAUGGCUUUGUCUUCAUAGAACUGUCUACUUUUUGAAACUGGAAGUACAGAAUUUUCUUAUGUUAAAAUGUAUGUGUUUCUUAAUCGGAGUUAUAACUGAAGGAAGUAUGCUUUUGCUGAAUCAAUUAGUGGGAAGUUGACUCAAGACCACCAGUGUUGUAAUGUACCUUUGUGUCCAGAAAAAAAAAUUACUAUAAUUGCAAUAUUCAAAGUGGACUGAGACCUUCUAAUUCUUUUGUUUCAUUACACUCCAAAACAAACUCUAAAAGUUGAAUGCAGUUAAAAAAUACUGUACAUAUUGAAAUAUACAGCUUUAGCAUUGACUGCCUUUGUUUUGUCUGCUUCAAGCAGAACACUGUCACUGGAGCUUGGAAUCACAGACUUGACUGAAUUAAUUGCUGUUUGGGAAAGCGUGCCCUGUGGAAUUCAGUCUCUUUUUUGAUUAAAGUCUCAUUUCACUUAAGUGCUGAGGACUUUUUUAAAAAUGCUACCUAAAGAAGUCAGCACUUGCUUUUUGCAACUUGAUAUCUAGGAUUGGGAAUUUGGGACUUGAUGUGUAGGUUAAAUUAGUAUGUGUACAUGUUGCUUUUGCUAUGACAUGAGGGAAUCUGAAAUGUUCUAUAAAAAUAAAUUAAAAU